UUUGUGUGGCAGUUCUUUCAAGGCGAUGGCGUCGGUCACGUGACUGUUAAAAUUGGGUUGAUGUAAAUUGCGGAUCGUAACUACCAAGAAAAGAAAUGAACGCAUGGUAUUCAUAGACUGCCUUUGAAAUGGAUGACAGUAUCCAUGGUGAUGUGCUACUUGUAGGAGAAGGAGAUUUCUCAUUCUCUGUGUCAUUGCUAUCCCAAUACUCAAACGAAACUCUCCGACGUGUGACCACCACUAGCUUAGAGUCUGAGGACUCCAUAACCAAACACCAAGCAUCAGGACAAUGUAUCCAACAACUUCGAAAACAUGGUCUUACAGUGCUAUUCCAAGUCGAUGCUACUAAGCUCCAUGAAAACAUUCAUUUAAAAAGCAAGGGAUUUGACAGAAUCAUUUUCAAUUUUCCCCAUGUGGGUGGGAAAUCCAACAUAAAGAAAAACAGAAAGCUACUUGAGGACUUCUUUCUGAGUGCUUCCAAUGUACUGAAAGAAAAUGGUAAAAUUUUGGUGACCUUAUGCAAAGGUCAAGGAGGGUCACCAGCUGAUAAACCAAUGAGAGCUUGGCAGAACAGUUGGCAAGUGGUUUCCAUGGCAGCCAAUACUGGGUUCAUUCUCAGGAGAGCCGUACCCUUUCAGACUGACAGCUAUGAACAGUACAAUAGUACUGGAUUCAGAAGUCAGGAUAAAGGAUUUCAUACAGAAAGGGCAAUAACCCAUGUAUUUGAGAAGGCAGAGGAAGUGAGGCUGCAUGAGGAGCCUGGUAACCCCGUGUUUGAGGUGAGAAAACAACUGGAGGAACGGCUUGUUACUGGUGAUGGCUUCGUCAGACUGGUGAAUGUUGGAACUCCUAUCUUACAGCAACCAUUGGAGAGGUCUGGAAAGCCGCUGAAGGCAUUAGCACGAUGUACAGACACUUCAUCAGUGAAGGCAUUAGCACAGAGUACAGACACUUCAUCAGCGAAGGCAUUAGCACAGAGUACAGACACUUCAUCAGUGAAGUCAUUAGCACAGAGUACAGACACUUCAUCAGUGAAGUCAUUAGCACAACGUACAGACACUUUCUCAGUGAAGUCAUUAGCACAGAGUACAGAAACUUCAUCAGUGAAGUCAUUAGCACAGAGUACAGAAACUUCAUCAGUGAAGUCAUUAGCACAGCACACCGACACUCUUCAUAUAUCAGAUUCAGAUGUAGACACUGGUACAGAGAUUAAUUCCAAUGUAAUGCUGGGCACACCUUCACACAACAAAACAUUUAUAUACGAUGACAACACAGGUGUAACACAGAAUGACACACCUGAAUGCCUCGACAUUUCUGUACCCGACAAAAAAUCUACAAGUGGUGAUGCACUUCUAUGCGACACAUAUUCAAAUCAGUGUUACUAUCUGGGUACCAGGAAUCAACUGUCAUGUUAUGGUCCCAUAGCUGAGGGUGCUAACUCAAGUACAAGGUCAAAGGUUACAGAGGGUGCUAACUCAAAUACAAGGUCAAAGGUUACAGAGGGUGCUAACUCAAGUACAAGGUCAGACAUUACAGAAGGAGCUAACUCAAAUACAAGGUCAAAGGUUACAGAGGGUGCUGACUCAGAUACAAGGUCAAACGUUACAGAGGAAGCUAACUCAAGUACAAGGUCAAACCUUGGAGAGGAUAGAGAUGGCUAUGCAGAGACAAGGAAAGAGCCGACAGAAACAGAUAUCCGUACAGAAGCCACACAAUGGGAUACAGAUAUCUCACCGGAUGAUGAACAUCUGCGAAUGUCAAUGCUCGAACAUUUAGAUGACUUGAUACAUCAUACAAAUAGUAAUCCAAAACAAAUUGCCAUAGCAACAGGAGAUGUGUAUAGACGUUGCCAGGUCAGUCCCAACAUACAGCCAUGGGGAGUAGAAAUGAUAUGUGUUUUACCAGAAAUUUCUUUAGAGGAAGAUAAACAAGAAGAAAAUAUGGAGUGUGCUAAACAACUGUGUACCAAAGUAAACUCAGCACUUGGAUCAUGUGGGAAAAUUCAGCUAGAACAAACAGGAAAACUGAAUUUAUUAUCUACAGGUGUAUGUUCACUUGGCACAAUAAAUAUGUGUAUCCAUGGUGAUGAUGGAUGUAAAACCAUUGGCUCAGUAAUGGUGUAUUGUCCUGAAGAUAAACCACGACGACCUAUUCUGGUGUUUGAUGUUGUCAAACUGUCUAUGUGUAUGUAUCAGAUUCCACACGAGACUCUGCUCUGGUCUACUGACAGAAGAGUCACUCAACAGUUCAGAAGGAAAGAUGGUGACUGGCCAAUGUUUAAAACUGUUAGUUUAUACCCAAUUUCUUUUACUUUUGACAUGAGUUUCUGGGAGAAACCCGAGGGAGCCUUCGACACCCUGCUAUACAACGACAUCAUAAGGAGUGUUGCGGGUGAGGAGAUAUCUUCAGUAGAAUUGUUAGAAAUGUACAAAGACAUACAGACAGACAGGCCUACUCGAUGUCGUAGUCGGUGUUACAGACUUAUCUUCCUGUCACAUGAUCGAGUAUUGUCUUAUAACACCUGCUGGCAGUUACAGAGCAGGAUACGCCUGGAGGUGGCCCAAAUUAUGGGCGUGGAGUUAAGAUAGGGACAGUAGUCACGGUUACUGGAGGUGGCCCAAAUCAUGGGUGUGGAGUUAAGAUAGGGGCACUAGUCACGGUUACUGGAGGUGGCCCAAAUCAUGGGGGUCGAGUUAAGAUAGGGGCGGUAGUCAUGGUUACUAGAGGUGGCCCAAAUCAUGGGAGUGGAGUAAAGAUAGGGGCAGUAGUCACGGUUACUGGAGGUGGCCCAAAUCAUGAUCGUGGAGUUAAGAUAGGGGCAGUAGUCACGGUUACUGGAGGUGGCCCAAAUCAUGGGCGUGGAGUAAAGAUAGGGGCAGUAGUCACGGUUACUGGAGGUGGCCCAAAUCAUGGGAGUGGAGUUAAGAUAGGGGCAGUAGUCACGGUUACUGGAGGUGGCCCAAAUCAUGGGUGUGGAGUUAAGAUAGGGGCAGUAGUCACGGUUACUGGAGGUGGCCCAAAUCAUGGGUGUGGAGUUAAGAUAGGGGCAGUAGUCACGGUUACUGGAGGUGGCCUAAUUCAUGGGUGUGGAGUUAAGAUAGGGGCAGUAGUCACGGUUUGUUUACAGAGCAGGAUAUGACUGGAGGUUGUUACUUAUAUAGAAUCAUAUCUGUGUUGAAGGGAGACUACUUACAAUAUUAAAUACUUUUCUAUUUUGAAA